AUGCCUGCCGCUUGUUCAUCAGAUGGCCAUCUGAUGAACGUUUUGGAGCGUCCACAAGCGUGUGGAUGUACUACGAGUGAGUGCGAUGGCCUCACUUGUGGUUCGGUCGUUAGUACGACUGCACAAAACCUUAGUGUACCAAACGGUUACACUUCGGAGAAAAGUUCCGGCGGCUGUGAGGAAACACAGGCUGCGCCGAAGGUCCACCACUCGAAUAAGUCGGGUGGACUGGGACAAAGAUGUAUCCCUAGAGGGGAACAUCUAGAAGAGAAACAAUCGAUCGCUCAGGUUAAGCGAAACGAUAAUCCUAGAUCGACUGGAGAGUCUUUCGUAGAGGAUCUCGCUGUGGUUGCGCAACCACAGCUAGAGGAAGUAAAGGGAAUAAGUCCCAAGAUUACAAAUACGGCGGAAAUAAGUUCCCCGAAACCCGCGGGAAUAAGUCCCCGGGAAGACGAAGGAAUAAGUCCUUCGAAGCCUGAGGGAAUAAGUCCCCAGGAAAUGACAGAGACAUUGAAUGUCAUAGUCAACAACGGAUCAUGUGUAGGCGCUUAUACACUUGAUCUGAUUGCGCCUCCGAAGUUAACUUCGGAGAUCACUCAGUUGCCAACGCUCGAACAUAAAAGAUUCUUGCGUGAUCUGCGUAGUGGCAAAGUCAAGCAGAUCUGCAUACUCGUCGCUGAAGACGAGUAUGUAACCGACAUAAGGUCAGCAACAGUGUUUACUGAGAACGAGAGAGUUCUCAGUAGUUCAUCUAUGGACGAGAGUGUCCUAGAUGAAAAGACACGAAUUGAGCGAUAUGAGUCCCAAUCAUGGGAAUCGCUCAAGGAAAAUCCUCUCUAUGAAGAUUUGGUUGAAUUCAAGGAUGUAUUCCCUGAAACUGUUCCGUGCGAAUUACUGAAGGAUAAAGGUAUUCGACACGAAGUCGAGCUUAAACCAGGCUCGAAGUACUGUGUCAUGAAGCAGUGGCCACUGCCUCGUGAACAAGUACUUGCGAUCGACAAGUUCUUUGCCGAUCGUUUAGCAGCGGACCAUGUGAGGGAAUCAACUUCCCCACAUAGCUCUCCGACCUUCUGUGUGCGAAAAGCAACAGGAGGGUGGCGGAUAGUGCACGCGUUUAACAAAUUGAACGCUGCAACGGUACCGGCUCAGACGCCGAUACCGAGGAAGGACGUAAUCAUUGAUGGUAUGUCAAAGAGUACCAUCUUUUCGUCCAUGGAUUUGAUGGAUGGCUUCUAUCAAAUCCUAAUGCGGGAACGGGAUAUACCCUAUACCGCAGUUAGCACGCCUAGCGGCAUGCUCUGGGAAUGGCUAGUAAUGCCACAAGGGCUCAGUAAUGCCCCUGCCACGUUCAACAGGUGUGUAUCACAUCUGUUGAGACCAGUACGAGAAUUCGCGCCGAGUUAUUUCGAUGACGUAUUCAUCCAUAGUCGAGCUAUGGAUGGAAAGUCGGACGUUGAGGUUCACAAGUACCACGUCCGACAAGUUCUUACAAUCAUGCGAAAGCAUCAAUUGUAUGCAAACCUCAAGAAGUGUAUAUUUGCAGCAAGCGAAAUACCACUUCUUGGGUGCAUCGUUGGUAAGAACGGUGUACGUCCUGAUCCCGAAAAGAUCAAGGCGAUCACCGACUGGCCCGUGCCGGUCGAUGUCAAAGGUCUUCGAAAAUUCCUUGAGCUAGCGGCGUAUUUGCAUAAGUAUUCACGCAAUUACGCCGAGAUGACUGUACACCUCUCUCGUUUGUUGAAAAAGAACGAGAGGUGGUUAUGGAACGCUGAAUGUCAACGCUCCUUUGAGGGUAUCAAGUAG